AUGGGAAAUAAUGAAUCCAUAGCUGGUGGUCAGAAAGCAGUUCCUGCUAAAGAGACCUAUGUGUGGUACAAAAAAUUUAUGAGGGAAUAUCCAUCCGGCCUGCAAACACUGCAUGAAUUCAAGACACUCUUGGGUCUGCAAGGUCUGAAUCAAAAAGCCAAUCAACAUGUUGAUCAAGUCUAUAAUACCUUUGACAUGAACAAGGAUGGAUUUAUCGACUUUUUAGAGUUUAUUGCUGCUAUAAAUCUUGUUGUACGAGGAAAAAUGGAGCAGAAAUUAAAAUGGUAUUUUAAGCUGUAUGAUGCUGAUGGAAACGGUUCUAUUGACAAAAAGGAACUACUGAAUAUCUUCAUGGCUGUGCAAGCCCUCAAUGGCCAACAAACCCUGAGUCCUGAAGAAUUUACCAACCUGGUGUUUCAUAAGAUCGAUAAAAACAAUGAUGGAGAACUGACUUUAGAAGAAUUUAUCAAUGGCACGGAAGAAGAUCAGGAUCUUCUGGAGAUUGUUUCCAAGAGCUUUGAUUUUUCCAGUGUACUGAAAAUAAUCUAUAAUGGGAAUCAGCCAGACACAGAAGGGAAGUUUCCUUCAAACCUUGUGACAAGGCUGAUCUAG